AUGUAUUUGCUGGAAUCCUGGGUGUGGCAAGAAUUUGAAGAGGAUAACUUUGCAAGGUUCAAGGAUGUUCAAGGUGUUUAUGGCCAGAUCGUUGGUUUGAAACGAAUCCUGAGCAGUUCUUAUCACAUCUCACGUGAAACCCGUGAUUUUGGGCUCCAGAGAAGGGUCCUUCCGGGGAGUCCCACCGGGCCACCAGGUCUAAAGACCACCGUAGGGAUGCUUCCCAUGGAGAGUCUUCCGCAGUUCUCACCUCCAAUCUCCGCCAGCGAGGCCGGAGCAGCGCGUCACCGAAAAGGAGUUUGCAAGCUGCCAGAAUCUGGGAGGUAUGAGAAGCUGGGCAAGAUGAAAGUCGAGGAGCAGAAAAUGCCUGAUAAAGAAGUUGCUCAGAAGAUUGCGGAGGUCCUGGCAGCUAGCCGAGAGAGGGCGCCCUUGAGCCCGCGGCAAGAGUUGAAGCGACGAGCAGAGCAGGCUUUGAAAGCUGCCAAAUACCGUGGUGCAUCACCAGAAACCCGAAAGAGGUACGAGGUGGAGAAGUCCUUUGAAGAUCGAGCCACCAAGGCACUCUCUGAGGCUGUUGCGCGCAGCAAGUGUACAGCAACCGGCCACGUGCAACUCUCAGGAGGCCCAAUGUACCCGUCUGCCGUCCACGGCGAUGCCCACGGAGACCGAUGGAGCGGCUAUGCCUACGAGGAGCCGAGUGUGGCUCCGGAGCAAGCGUGGGGAGCCCCCGCCGAGGCCGAAGAGUAUUUUGGGGCUUGGAGCAUGGAGGCUGGAAUGCACGCGAUGCCAGAGGUUGAGGAGUAUGGUGGCUAUGAUUCCUCGUGCUGGAUGCAGGAUGCCCGCGCUUCUGAACCUUGGCCUGUCCAGGAAGCUCUACAUAGCUGGGCAGGUGAGAGUGGCUUCGUUUCCGCAGCGCAUGACAGAUCACAGGGCGCAGGCGGCACAAGCCACACGUCCUUCGCGGCGAAGCGGACGCAUGCGGAGGUCACAGGGAACCCGCCCGCGCGGCAUGUCGAGGAGACUGAAGUCCUUCGUGCCUGGGCUGAGACGACCACGGCCGCCUCCAGCAAUCGCUCGGUGGCCUCGGCGGCGGACUCCAACUCGGAGGAGCUGGGGCGAGACGCGAACGACGACGAUGACGCGGAUGAGCUGCUGGCCAGUUGCUGGAAAGCUGUGGCUGAAGCAGCAGAGGACGAAACGACCGUUCUCUUUUUCGGAGCUCCAUAACCCGCUCCCCGAAACCAACCCGGGAGCGCCCGGAGCUCAGACCGAGCAGACCGUGAAAUCAGCGGUUUCAACCCGGGCGAUCGGGUGGAUUGAUUUUGCACCGAUGGAACAGAUGGAGCAGAAACACCGGGAUGACUCAGGAAAUUGGAUGAAAGUUGUUUCUAUCAGAUCUUAAUCUUCUCGAAACAUCUUAGAUCAGAGCCUGUCAGAGCCUGUCAGAGCCCUCAGGUUGUAUGAAUCAUGACUCCAGUUGGUCAUAGGGAACAGCCUAGCUGGUUGAACAGCCUAGCGUUCGAAUCAGUCUGUGGGUCAACAGCUGGUACUGAUGUUUGGGUGUAGCAAGGGUCCCUCUACCAACCUCUUUGCUGUUCUGUCAUGUAAGUGAGCACUACUUGGUUUCUGUGCGCGAUCAGAGACUCAGAGGUCAAAGGUGUUUGUCAAUUCGAAGUGAUUGACAGGAGCUGUCCUGAGGAGGAGGCACGGGGGACACAAAAGACAAUGCAUUGUGUUUAUGUGUUUAUGUGUUUGAAGAUGAACCGGGGAACAGGUAAGUACUUUUGAUCAGAGCUGAUUUGCCUUUCUGGGGCCUAAAGUACUCGAUUGUCAACGCACAUACCUUGGUGUCCUGUUUAGCAAGAGGGUUUCAUUUGAGUUCUGUCAAGAGCUUUUACAGCUUUGCACUUCGACACUUCAUGAAUGCAUGCUGAGGUCUUUGGCGUUGCAAUGCUUCACUGAAGAUUGCUGACCAAACGCGAAAGCAAC